GCUCUUCAUCUGGGGCAGCCUGGCCAUCUACUUUGCCAUCACCUUCACCAUGUACAGCGACGGCAUGUACCUCAUCCUCACGGGCUCCUUCCCUUUUGUGGGGACGGCCCGGAACACGCUGAACCAGCCGGCCGUGUGGCUCUCGGUGGGGCUGUGCGUGGCCCUCUGCGUCCUCCCCGUGGUCGGGUUCCGCUUCCUCAAGAUGCAGCUCCGGCCCACCAUCAGCGACAAGGUAGGUCGGCCCCGCCCAUGUCUCUGUAGGCAAGCCCUGGGCUCCAGGGGGGAGACCCCUCCCACACACACAUACAUACCACAACAGGGAUUGCAGAACAAGGCAGGAGAGAU